AUGACUUUUAAAUUCGAUAAUCAACAAUCACGUAUAAUGGAAUCAAAUGAAAAAAUUAAGCCAAAUUUCAUUCAUUCUUCAGAUAUACCCAAAAAAUUAGCUAAUUUAGUAUAUUCAAUAAUAAAGUCAAAAUAUAAAAAUACAAAUAAGAAGUGUCAAAUCUCGCUAAAUCUAAAUUUAAAUUCAUUAGUUUCAAGAGGUUCAACUAAUUUAAUUACAAGUUUAAAUAAAAAAAUGAUUUCAAUUGUACAAUCAUCAACAAAUAAUUCAAAUUAUUUAAGUAACCAACUUAUAAUACGACAAAAUUAUCAAAGUUCAAAUUAUUUAAAAGAUAUAAUUACUGAAAAGAUUAAAGUUAAUAAACAAAUUUAUCCUUAUGCAUUAACUACAAAUGAUACUUUUAUUAUUAAAUUCAAGUUGGUUAUAGAUCAAAUUGACGAAGAAGAACUAGAAUUUGAAGAUGAUGAACAAUAUCAAAUUUUGAAAAGUUUUGAUCUACAUAAUAGUAAUAUUAUACAAGAUUUGAAAAAUUACAUUUUAUACAUUUACAAAACCCUAUCAGAAGAUUUAAACAAGGAGAAUGAUCAAAACGAUAAUCACAAUAUAUUAUUAGACAUGAGUGACUCAACUUUAGAAUAUGAUGAAAUUAGUAGUGAUGAAUAUGAAAAUUAUAAAAUUGAUUCAUUAAUUUCAAAUGAAACAUUAAUUGAUGAAUUUAAAAGAAGAUUUAGUGAUGUUUCAAUUGAAGAAAAAUCAUUUAAUUUGAAAUCAAAUAUUUUUAUAAAUAAUUUAAGUAACCUAAGACAUAAUGAUGAUGAUGAUGAACAUUUAAUAACUGAAGAAAUUAAAAUAUCACUGGGAGAAGAAGAACAACAACAAGCAGUUUCUAUAACUCAUUCUUCAAGACAAUCACCAAUAACCCCAACAGAUCUUCAUAUUCAUUUAGAUGAUUUGAUUGAAGUAUCAUUUGAGGAAAAUGAUGAUGAUGACAACUAUUUCGAUGAUGUUGAGAUAAGAAACUCACCUAAAAAAUUAAUUUCAUCAUCCCCAAUAAAAGACUCACAAUCUUACAAAUUUGAAUUCACAGAUCCAAAAGAAAGUAAAUUAACAAAUCAACAUUCAUUACAACUGUUUUCACCAACAAAAGAAAGAAAAUCUAUUUCAAGAAUGUCAUCAAGUCAUUCUGUAUCAAUGAUAAAUACUGAUGAAAAAUAUGGGUUGGAAUAUGCGUAUAAUUCUGAUUCUUCUGUUGUUCCUACUUAUAUAAAGCAAAAUAAGAAGUUUAAAUUUAUUAAAGUUGGUAAAGUUCAGAAAUUUGUUGAUUUAUUUGAAGAUGGUGGUGUUUAUAAUAAAAAAUAA